AAAUUUUGACAGUUUCCUUAACGCAAAAUGUCAGUCUAGAAAAGUAGUAGGUUAUGUUGUCUAUAUUUAGUAAAAAUGUAAUUAGUAACAUAAAUUAAUAGUUCUGUUGGUUGAAAACCAAACAUGACAACUUCACCUACUAAAACGAAACAAAAAUUGUCACUGCGAAAACGUCUAUUUGUAAAAAAAUCGCCGAAAGUUGGGUGCUUCGUCGAUACAGAUUCCAAUGAUGAAUUCGCGCAGACUUCGUCUCGACCUAUCUCUCCUGCGGAUCCCUUCUUAGCUCAAAGUGCUCACAGUGCCGACCACAGUAUAGAAGCGUCACACCAUCCAAACUCUUCUGCAGAACCGCUGUAUAACAAUGUAAGUCACUCUGCACCUAACUACCAUCACGAAGACGACACUAAUCCGAAGUGCUGUCGAACAUUCUUCAGACGGUCGCGUCCUAAAAGCCUCGUCGAUAACCAGCUUAUCAAAGACGAGGCUCGAUCAGUAACAGGUAGUCCAGAGAAUAAUUCUAACAGUAUAAGUGAUCAAACUAUCUGCUCACAGACUAAAUCGGAGGAAAUACCUAAAGCUACAGUGAAGUUCCCUAAAAGUGACGAUGCUAAGAAAUGCUUUGAACAUUCAGGAUCAUUUGAAGGAAUCAAACCAAAGAGUAAAUUAUUUGUUAAGAGAUUAUCAGCUGAUCAUUUGAUAUCUAAUGAGUCAAAGCCGUUGUACCGCGCCUCCUCGCCUGAAAGUGACCGGAGUAGCUCUUUAGACAGGAAAAGAAGGACCAAGUCGACUAUAGCACGGUCAUCCUCGCGCGCUGGGAGCACUGACAGUUUAGCACGUAACUCGCUGCUUGCUGCACAGGUGCUGCGUCUCAUUCCCACGCAGGAGGCACGAGAAAGAAAUUACCUAUAUGGGCGUCUUGCAUCUCAUUCUCUUCUUGGAGCUGCAGAACUAGAGCAUGUCUUCCCAGAUAGAGAAGUUAAAAUAUUUGUAGGAACAUGGAACAUGAAUGGACAGCCGCCACCCAAGGAAUUAGCAGAUUUUAUCUUCCCAAAUCAAGUGACGCAUGUGCCAGAUAUAUUUGCGAUUGGAACACAAGAGUCUUUUUCCGAGCGCACAGAAUGGGAGAUAACAAUUCAGGAAGUGUUGGGACCAUCACAUCUGUUGCUGCAUUCUUAUUAUUUAGGCACAAUUCACUUAAUGAUAUUUAUAAGAAGAGACCUAAUUUGGUUUUGUUCUCUACCUGAAGACGCCAGUUUGUCAGUGAGACCUGGUACCGCCUUUCGAACAAAGGGAGCCGUAGCUAUAUCCUUCGCACUAUUUGGUUCCACAUUCCUCUUUGUAACGGCCCAUUUGACAGCACAUCAAGAGAAGGUCAAAGAACGAGUGUCGGAUAUCAAAAGGAUAAUUAGGUCAAUUGAUUUGCCAAAGAAUUUGCCUUGUCGGCAUAAAAGUAAAGAUGUCACAAAUAAUUUCGACUAUGUGUUUUGGUGUGGAGACCUAAACUUCCGAUUGGGGGAGCCUAGAGCUGCACUGCUGCGAUGGAUCGAACAAACAGAAUUCCCGUUACCACAUCACCUGCCGCAUGGUUUACUGCAUGCGGAUCAGUUGACUGCGGUCCUGGAAGAUGGAGCGGCCUUCCGAGACUUUAGGGAGGCACCCAUCACAUUUCCCCCUACUUACAAGUACGAUCCCGGCAGUCAACAGUUCGACACGUCGAGCAAGCAAAGGGCACCGGCUUACACAGACAGGAUACUAUACAAAGCGAGAUCAAUGACCACUAAUUCAUCAUCUGCGUUUUCUGUGGUUGCAGGGCUGCGUCGCAUCAGCUCGGUGCCGGUGACGUCGGGCGUCAAGUGCCUGGCGUACAACAGCGUGCAGUCUGUGUGCACUAGCGACCAUAAGCCGGUGUGGGGACUGUUCUCCACUAUGCUGCGGCCGGGGACUGAUGUAGUACCCUUAGCAGCCGGUUUAUUCAACCGCGAAGUUUAUCUCGAAGGUAUCAAGCGUAGAAGAGCCCUCCUCGACCACGCGCCCGGCACGUCCGCGGUAUGUAACGUUCAAUAACAUUGAGACAACCUCCCCAGCCAUCACAACGUUCACCACUAAAACAACCCAUCCAAUUGGGUAGUAUCCUCGGUCAAAAAUAAAUUAUUACAACUUUUCAAUACAAUAAAAUAUUAAAAAAUAAUCACUCUCAUUCAUAAAUUUGAUGAACUAUUUAAUUUUCGAUUUUUUCUAGCUAAAUUUUCUAGAAAUUUAGCUAGAAAAAAUAUAAGUAUAAAUAAGUCUGCUAUUUGACGUCAAAAACUUAUGACGUCAUAACGCACUAUUUCAUACAAAGUUCAUAGAAAAUAUCGUUUUUGACGUUUCGAAAAAAGUAUUGAAUUUGACUAGUAGGAAACUAGCCUAUUGUUUUAUAUCCAUUCUAAAUAUGAAACACUUAAAAUCAGCCAGUUCCUUUUCGAUCGCUUUUUUAUAAAGACAUCGCAGUAAACAAAUGUAUUAGUAACCAAAGAGGUUUAUAUUUUGUUGUUGUUAUAUUUUAUUCUUUUACAAUUUUCAAAAUGUUUAAUUUUUAUUAUUGUUUUAUUAUUAUUUAUUACGUCCUAAGUUAGAUUAAGUGGACAGGAGUGCAAUGUUACAAAAGACGAUUUACAUUAUAAUUGUUAGAUUUUAAAUUAUUAUUAAUUUAGUUUAUUUUUUUGUGAUGUGCUCAUUUUUGAAAACUUUAAAGACAAAUCUAGUCAGUAUAAUGAACUUCAGCAGUAUUCCAUACAAUAAUGUGUUAUGUGAAAGACAACAAAGUUAUAUAAUUUAAUUUUAAACUGUAUUAAUAUUUCCACGUAGUAUUAAAAUUGUUUAGCGUAUUAUAUUCUAAUAAUUCUUCGUAUAAUUAUUAUUGUGCUUUAUACAAAUUAAUAUACUUUUGGGCUAGUAGCUUAGCAAUAAAUUAAAAAGUAACCUUAUUUCGAUGUAGUAGGGGGUAUAUUUCAAAAAUCCUGUUUAGAAAAAUGAGCUUUUAUGAUUAUCGUAAACGUAGGUAUGUAUCGUGGAGUUUCUAAAACAGUACUUAAUUAAAAUAUUUCCUGCCUUAUGUCACUGUGUUAUACCGUCGGAGGGAAUGUUAAGAACAUUUCUGUGUUGAUAAAACUAUGUUAAUUAGGUGCUGUGAUUACUAAUCGUCUAGUCUGAUGUCCAUUCCAGUUACCGUUGUAGUCUCGACGAACUACGAUUCUAUACUUAAGCUAAGAUCGAUAUGAGAUGUUAGAACAAAGAGGUGCAACUACAUCUGGCGUUACCGAAUAAUAGCACGCUUAGUAUGAGUUUUCUUUAUGUUUAAAGUAAUCGAAACGAAAGCGCGUUUGGCGCUCUGAUUGGCCGGCUUAAAGGAACCACCCAAUCAGAGCGCUGAACGUGCUCUCCUUUCGUUUUCGUUCAACGUAAAACAAACUCAUACUAAGGGUACCUACUGAUUGGCCGGCUCGAAUAAACUCAUCAUUCGUACUAAGGGUACAAUUUUUUGCACUUCUACCCAUUUGCUGUGACUCAUAACUGUCACUAGAGCAUAGGUUUGGUAAACCCGUUAAACGCUAUGGAGAAAAACUAUAACCACGUUAGUGAGGUAUUUACCCUUAAUCGUUUCUAUCGGCUGCACUCCGGUCUCUGCCUAAGUAUAGAACAUUCGUUUAUCUAUAUUAUGUAGUUUAUUCAUAUGCAGUGAUUGCAGAUCUCAAUUCUCGGUACUUACGUGAAGGUUGAUAAUCAGUUUUUAAACUGACGUGUCACUAACACUAUAAUUAGAACGUAAGACGGGAUAUUUACCAUGAUUAUUUAUGUCUAUGAGUUGACGAUAUUUCGGCACUGUUGCAAGCGCCAUGGUCAAGGAUGAACAGUCAGUGUAAGUCAUGAAUGAAUAGUCUUACGUUCUAAUGAUAUGUUAAAAAAAUUACUUAAAAGAGUUUUCGCACAUGAGGCGCUAUGUAACGUCCAACAUUUUCGUCCUUAUUUUUUGUAAAAUACUUGAAACUUGGAUUGGUUUUAUGAAAAAAUGUAUUACGUACGUAUUUCGAAUUAUUUCAAAAGUUUGAUAUAAUGAUAUUCGAUUGAAAGUUUUGAUUUAAAAUUAUGUCUUGUGAUUAUAUACAUAAGGUUCGUUGUUGUAAUUAGGACUACUCGAGUCAUAGUCUCUUUGGGUGCCAGUCUAAGAUACUGCCAAACCUAGUGUGGGAUAUUUCGUAUUAUUACAAAAAUCUUACCGACCAAUAAUAUUCGUGUUUUUAAUGAAAAUUAACAUAAAAUGUCCCGGUCUUAGAUCGGUGUGACGAACAAAAAAAAUACUUAGUACGUUGUAGCUGAUUUGACGUUAUUAAUGUGGGAUUUUAAUAAUAAAUUAAAAGACAAAGUUGGGUGUUUUAAAAGAUAUUUUUUCAUAACUUUUCGACAGCACUCAGAGACAUUUAUUGAUUACUUAAACUAUUCCUUAGUAACGAUUUUGUAUUGAAAACAAUUGCUAAGGACUGGGUUAAGUAACCAUUAGAUAACUCUGAGUACGGGGGUUAGUCUGAUAGAUUGAUGACUGUAGUAGGCCUAGACGUAGAGUUUGUAAUGUCAAUUGUCUGAAUGUCUUGGUAAAUUGACAUCUAAAUUAUGAUAAGGCGCCAAACUUUACUUGGCACUUCGAUAUUCGUCAAAAACCGACUCUAUUAACAGCACUCAAAGUCCAUUUUUAACUAUUUACUGACAUACCCCACAGUGGGAUUUAAUGAGAUUCAUUAUUAGACCAGAUAUCCAUAAAUUCAUUCUAAGUAAAUCAGUCUGUCUUCCAUAACUUGUACGUAAAGUAUUGAUAAUUUUAUUCAGGAACAAUUACCUGAAACCUAAUCGUCAAUAUACUUUACAAUGUAGGAAAUUGUAACUCCUUUUUGUACAGUCACAAACACAAGACUCAACAUUGUGUGAAAUAUUUUAAUUAACUUCUAUGAAGGAUUACAACCCGCAAUGUAACUAUUAGUAUUCUGUUUAUGACUGUACACUUCGUAUAUUACCUAUGUACUUAUCAUUCAGAAUGUAACCUUUUUUUUAAUCGCAUCAUUAUUAAACAAAUAUUUAUUUAAAAUUAGAACCUGCUUUUGCAUUAUAUAACACUUAUUUUAGCUUAUAUGCUGUAGUUAAUAAAAUUUAAAAUCGCACAAACGAUCCUAAUUCAUAUUUUACUUCUGUUCCUUCACUGUUUCAUUUAAUGAUUAUAACACAAAUGUAGUUUAUAGUACGAGGCUGGUUAAAACUUGAUGUUCGAUAAUUAAAGUACAAUGUUUUAUAAGGAUUUUAUAUCUACAUACAAAUGAAUGUUUUUCGUACACUUUUGGUCUACUUAUAUCAGUGUGUGGGUGCGCGAUACUGUGGUAAAAAUCUCAUAUCGUUAAAGGAGUUUGUAUACGAGCGUGCCUACUAAAUUACUCCGUAUAUCAAGGGUGUAUGGGAAAUAACACAGAGAUGGUAUAUUGCUAACAAUUUUAUUUUGUACAAGGACUUUUUUCUGUAAUAGUACAUACUGUAGCUGAACAAUAUAGUUAUAAUGUUGGUUUUUACUUUGGAUAGGUCCUGAGAGGGGAGGUGACUGCGACAGAAUAUUUACAAGAAAGAAUUCUCAAAAAUACUGUUAUAUGCAACAUCUUAAAUAUAAGGUGAACAGAUUGGCAGUUUACGCCAUUUAUACAGAUAACAAAUAUAUUUUUUUAUUUCCAUAAAGUCUCGCUUAUGAUUGCUGGAUGGUUUAACAAAGUUAAGUACAGUAUGUGCCUAUUCGCUAAAGCAAUUGUAGAUUUUUGUCGCAGUUAUCUAGUCUUUAGUAUUAAAUGCAUUAAUUAUGAUUUUCAUUCAAUGAAAUAAUCGUAUUGUCAUUAUGUGAAAUAUAUUGCUAGUCCAUAUUUUAUAGAUAUACUUAAGUUAUAACUUACUUAAGACAAACAAAUGUUAUGCUAAAUAUAGUUAACUUUCCUCGCUAA